UGAGUGUGUUUCUCUCUUUUAUGUGAUUUAAAUUAAUUAUUGUUCAUCUUCCAAAAUUCAUCUUCAUCUCCAUUUAAUGCUCCAGAACAAUUCAUUUACUUCAAUUAAACUGUUCGGUGUAACCGGUGUAACCUUAUAAUCACAUUUAAAAGGGAGAGAGAAAAAUCCAGUUAUAUAUUUGGUCAAAUCAAUUCAAAUUAGAAGUUUUUAUUGUUUGAUAUUAUAUCUCCCUCUUCUCUCUCUCUCUCUUCUCCUUUACUCAUCAUCACCAUCUCUCUCUCUCCCUCUCAUCACUCUUUCUACUUCUCUUACUAUCUCUUUCUCCUUUUCUCUUUCUAUUUUCACCUCACAUUUUCCAUUUCGCUCUUUUCACUUUUUUUCUCUUCUCUUUUUUCUCUCUGUCGCUUGUUGUUCCAUCUUCAAUCUAUCGUUGCCUCUCUUUCCUUUCUCUUUCUUUUCUCUCUCUCUCUCUCUUUCACAAACAACCACACACACUUCACACAUACACACACACUUUUUUUUUCCUGUUUCUGUUUCUCUUUCCUUCUCUCUUUCUCUUUCUCUCUCUUUCUGAUCAACCACUUUCCCCCUUCACUGUUUGUGCAUAGUUGUGAUGAAUUGUAACUGCAAUUGUAUUUUCAAAUUGUACCAACCUUGUCCAAAUGGUGUUUGUUUCUCUCUUCCAACAGAUCAAAAUAUGAACGUAAUACGAAAAUACGGUGGUACCCCAUGGAGACGUAAUGAUAGACUUUAUUCACCUGGGGUAAUUGGUUUACAUGAAGAAAUUCUCGAUUUUUAUGAAUAUAUGUCACCAACCAUGGAAGAACAUUGUAUGAGAUGUCAAGUGGUUGAAUCAAUUAAAAAAGUAAUCAAAAAAUUAUGGCCGGCGGCUAAAGUAGAUGUAUUUGGUUCGUUUAAAACUGGUCUCUAUUUACCUACAAGUGAUAUCGAUUUAGUGGUUAUCGGUGAUUGGCCGACAUUACCCUUACAUACCUUAGAAAAAGCUCUUCUCGAUGCGGGUCUCGUGGAAUCUGAUUCAAUUAAGGUGUUGGACAAAGCAUCAGUGCCAAUUAUCAAACUCGUUGAUAAAAAUUCUCAAAUCCAAGUAGACAUCAGCUUUAAUACUCUCAAUGGGAUCGAAAGUGCCAAGUUAAUUAAGAAAUUCAAGAUAGAUUUUCCACAUUUGGCCAAACUAUUUUUGGUCGUGAAACAAUUUCUAGUGCAACGAGACCUGAAUGAAGUGUUCAAAGGUGGUAUCUCAUCUUAUUCCCUGAUCUUAAUGGUUGUCAGCUUUUUGCAGCUUCAUCCUCGCCAAGAUGCUGUCUCACCGACAUCCAAUUUGGGUGUACUUUUAUUGGAAUUUUUCGAAUUUUAUGGUCUUCUAUUUAAUUAUAAAGCAGUUGGUAUAAGAAUUAAAGACGGUGGGUCAUAUAUUCCAAAAUCAGAGAUCCAACAACAAAUGAUGGAAACAGGAUGUCGACCCUCUUUCCUCUGCAUUGAAGAUCCUCUUGAUCCAACAAAUGACAUUGGUCGAAGCUCAUAUGGUGCGGUUCAUGUCCAAGAAGCCUUUGAAUACGCCUACCUCAGUCUAAACAAAGCAUGUGGUCCAACCAGCUCAAUUGUAGAUCAAUCAAAAAGUUUAUUAGGUCGGAUAAUAAGAGUCUCAGAUGAAGUGGUUGAUAUGAGGCUAAGAGUCAAAGAAAAAUUUCCAUCGCCUCCUCCUCCUCUUUCACUUCAUCAUCACAAUUUAAAUCACAACCACCACCAUAACCACCAUCACCUUCCUCACAUAAAAAAACCUUUAGUUAAAAAUUAUGGACCUUUUUGUGAAAAUUUCAACGAUAGUGCGAUCUCAUUAGCUGAAUCAUUUGACGAAGAUGGUAUCACCAGUUCGUCAGCUUCUUCAAUCGCAUCUAGCGAAAAUUUUAUAAACAAUUCUUUAAAAAUAAAGUCGAUAAAAGCUUACAACUCGAGUCAUCAGGGUCACCGUGAAGUGUCAUCGCAUGUAAACGCCAUUCCACCAAAGUCCAACUACUCUGGAAAUCCCUGCAAUCAAAACUGGAGGCAUCCCGUUAGUUUUCCUUACCAACAACCAAAAUACCGUUCGAAUUCUGGAAAAAGGAAGAAGAUGCAUCCAUCAACAGCUACAUUAAUAUCACCAACACCAAGUUGUGCAAGAGAAACGUAGCAUUUCAACAAACAAACAAACACACACACACACACACAACCACCAUCAACAGCGGCAACUGCAGCUCAAACAAGAAAAAGAUAUCAGUAGUUUGAAAUGAUGAUUAUAACGCCAAAAAGUCAAGUAUCUACACUGCAACCAGAAAAAAAAACACAAAAAAAAAUAAAAAAGCAAAGUGAUCAAGUUCGAGAUGUGCAAACAACAACAAAAAAUAUUGCAGAGAAUCUCUUGUAUACAAAAUUUAUUCUCUCUCUUUCUAUCUAUCUUUCUUCCGUCUCUAUUUAUCUCCUAUUUUCUUCUUCUUUUCCCUUUUUGUCGAUCUAAAUGUUCACACUCACACUCUAUUUCUCUUCUCUCAAUCUACUCUAUCUUUUUCCUACUAUCCUGAUAUUUUUUCUUAUACAUUUAAAGGGAAAAGUACAAAAAAAAAUCAACAGAAAAACACAAAAAAAAAGAUACAAGAAGAAAAAGGGGAAAUUGUUCCAAGUCAAAGUUAAAUCAAGAAAAAUUAACAAUAAAAGGCUUAUGCCAAUCAUUUUUGUCACAGUAACUGUAACAAUCAUAAUGCCACAAUAAUGCAACACCUACAACUCUGAAAACAAUUAGCGCUAAUCGCUGAUAAUUGUGAUCAUUUUGUUGUUCUCUCUUUGUUGUAACCAACUUAUGAUUGUCCAAGUAACAGUUAAUAUUUUUUUCCAAUUGUAAUUGUUAUGUAUUCACUUAAUUUCUAAAUCAUAUGUUUGUCUUUUCUCUCUCUCUCUCUCUUUCUCUCUUUCUCUCUCUCUUACCGAACUAAACAACACUCACAUUAUUUACAUUGAAUCAAAAUGAAUUGAAACAAUUAACUUGGAGAGAUGAUCAAUUAAUUACCUGUAGAGAGAUGAUGCUAAUCACCUGGUGAUUUACAAUAAUAAUAAUAACAAUUAAUGAUUGAUUAGUAAAAGACAAAAGAGACAAAAAUAAAUUUUUCUUCAAAUCAUU